AUGGGUCUCCUGCAGGAGGUCGCAGGACCAUUGUCGGACCAGUUCCAGAAUCUGGGAACUGGUCUGCAGGUCACCGUCGGCUUUUUCGCCGUCAUCGUCCUCUCCGUCGUCCUCAAUGUCUUGUCCCAGGCCCUCUUCAAGAACGCCAACGAGCCUCCUCUGGUCUUCCACUGGUUCCCCUUCGUCGGCAGCACCAUCACAUAUGGCAUGGACCCCCCGACCUUCUUCAAGGUCAACCGUGAAAAGUAUGGUGAUAUCUUCACUUUCGUCCUCCUUGGCAAGAGAACCACCGUCGCCGUCGGCCCCCAGGGCAACGACUUCAUUCUCAACGGCAAGCUCAAGGAUGUGAACGCCGAGGAGAUCUACACCGUCUUGACCACUCCUGUCUUUGGACGCGACGUCGUCUACGACUGCCCCAACGCCAAGCUCAUGGAGCAGAAGAAGUUCAUGAAGAUCGCCCUGACCACCGAGGCCUUCCGCUCCUACGUCCCUAUCAUCGCCGACGAGGUUUCCAACUACUUCAAGCGCAACCCUGACUUCAAGGCCAACUCCGGCGUUGUCAACCUGCCUCCGAAGAUGGCCGAGAUCACCAUUUUCACCGCUUCCCACGCGCUCCAGGGUGCCGAGAUCCGCAACAAGUUCGACGAGACCCUCGCUGCUCUGUACCACGACCUCGACAUGGGCUUCACCCCCAUCAACUUCACCCUGCACUGGGCGCCUCUCCCCUGGAACAAGAAGCGCGAUCACGCCCAGCGCACCGUUGCUCAGAUCUACAUGGACGCCAUCAAGGACCGCCGCGACAACGGCCGCACUGACGGUCUUGACAUCAUGUCCCACCUUAUGAACUCCACCUACAAGAACGGCACCAAGGUUCCCGACCACGAAAUCGCCCACAUGAUGAUCGCUCUCCUCAUGGCCGGUCAGCACUCUUCGUCUUCCACCAGCUCCUGGAUCAUGCUCCGUCUCGCCCAGUACCCCCAGAUCAUGGAGGAGCUCUACCAGGAGCAAGUCCGCGUUCUCGGUGCCGAUCUGCCUCCCCUGAAGUACGAGGACCUCGCAAAGCUGCCCCUCAACCAGGCCAUCAUCAAGGAGACCCUCCGCCUGCACGCUCCCAUCCACUCCAUCAUGCGCGCCGUCAAGUCUCCCAUGCCCGUCCCCGGCACCAAGUUCGUUAUCCCCACCAGCCACACCCUUCUCGCCGCCCCCGGAGUCUCUGGAACCGAUCCCGCCUACUUCCCCAACCCCGAGGUCUGGGACCCCCACCGCUGGGAGGCCGACUCUCCCAACGCCCCGAAGAUUGGCGGCAAGGAUGCCGAGGACGAGGAGAAGGUUGAUUACGGUUACGGUCUGGUCAGCAAGGGUGCCGCGUCGCCCUACCUGCCCUUCGGCGCCGGCCGUCACCGUUGCAUCGGCGAGCAGUUUGCCAACGUGCAGCUGCAGACCAUUACCGCCAUGAUCGUCAGAGAAUUCAAGUUCCGCAACGCCGACGGCAGCGACAAGCUCAUCGGCACAGACUAUGCCUCUCUCUUCUCACGGCCUCUGGAGCCUGCCAACAUUUACUGGGAGAAGCGUGAGGCGUAA